AGAAAUUAGUAUCGAAUCGUACGUAUAACUCUUUACAACCAUUAUAAAGGUGAAUUUAAAAAAAAAAGAAAAAAAGUUGAUAUUUUUUUGGUGAAAUCUUCAUCAUCAUCUUAAUCCUCAACUGCUGCAUCUGCUGCAAUUGCUAUUGCUAUUGUUGUUGUUGCUGUUUACUGCGACAUAUUAUUUUUAUCUAAAUAUCUUUCUUUGUGUGAAAAAAAAAAAAUUAAAAAAGCAGAAAUUAUGUCCGAUAACUACUACGUCGACGAAUAUGAGCAUUUCAACUACGAUUACGACAAGCACAUAUUCACCGGUCACGGAGGGAAACAACGUUCAAAACGUGAAGCCGACGCUCAUACCAAUCAUUUUGAUCCGAGCGGCCAUUCCAGAAAGAUCGUAACGAAGCUAAUGAAUUCUGAACAUAACAAAAGGCAACAAGGGAAGACCAAAGCGUAAAUUAUUUAUUUUGGGUCUUUGACAUUGGGGUCGCGGCGUAUCUCGUAGAAAAAAGAAAAAAAAAGGAGAGAGGAUUAUCUCAUCUCACGACAAUUUACCCUCUUCAUUACAAGAUUAUAAUUACGAUGACGGACAUUUUCUCAACGAUUCAAAUUUCCAUGUUUGUCGAGAAAUGAAUGCAUUUAUUCAUCUAAUCUAUCUCACAAACAAAUUUUCAUUCGCAAUAAAAUUUUGUAAGUAAGAAUAGAAGAUCGCGCGAGCUUAUUAUUAAAUAUAUAUGUGUAUGAAUAUAUCUAAAUAAUUAUAUUAUAUAUCGUUUAA